ACGGCUGUCCUCAUGUUGAGGGAUUUUAUUUCGGCCAGCUGAUUCCCGGUUGAAGCCGCCUUCUGCCCCUUCUACUAUCCGACCACACAUCUUGAUAAUAGCUUCGUUCCGACUGAUGUUCCGCGUCGUUGUCGUUUGACAACCACCUCCGUUACGGGCUCCUAGUCAAUUUUCCUAUCAAACCAUGCGUGUCAAUGGAAGCACGACAAAGCAGCGCUGUGAAUCCCUGGCUGCACGACCCAUGUCUCCUUUUCGCUCGUCCCAGACCUCCAGGCAGUGUUGCCCAAAUUGCAGCAGAGUCUCGGCUUGAACCUGGCGUCAACUUCCCAUACCUCCCCCAAGAUCAACAUUGUCGCCCACGCCAUUCCCCCGAGUAUACUCCCAACUUCACUCUGUCCUCCCCGCCUCUUGGGGACCCCAGAGUCGACUUCUUGGACGGCUGUGGCACUUUGAACUCUUCCUUCCCUCGCCACCAAGAACCCAAUCCUGGCUAUGCAUCCUUCCGGUCGGGUUACGGAAUCCCGUUCAACGCAUCAACAAAUGGCACUUUCUAUCAUUCCGGUCCCGUACCACCCCCGAGCAGCAUAGGCAGCCUGUGCCUCCGUGUUCUCGAUGUCCACAGCACCGUUGUGCUCCAGAGACCCAUGACUGGUGGCGACUCUCACAAUGGGAAUUCCUGGUUAAAUGGAGCUCCGCAGCUCAGAGACCGCUAUACAUCACCCUCGCUCAACUCGAGUGGGACACCGGCUGGAUAUCCAACAUUCAGCCUCCCGACAACACAUCGCACGACCAUGUCAGAUUCUUCUCUUCCCGCCGAACGAAGUACGCCUAUUGAUGGUGAUGCUGUCUCCCACAAGUCUCCGUCGGCCAAAGAGGCUGGAUCGUUCAAAGCCUCGAGCGGACAGAUUACAUCGCCUGGUGGGUUGCACAGUCAGCAACAGCAGCAUGUUGAAACCAAUUCUCACCUCUCUCCCAAGAGUGGUCCGCUUCGCCGGGAGCAGUGCUUGAGCCAUAGCCAACCAGAUGUCGCUCAUGAGGAGCUUCGGUUUUCCUGUGACGAGGAUGAAUUUAAGCACGGCGAACAAGACUACUCUCACCUUUCAGGGUCCAAGCCAGGACCCGAGCAAGAUAGUUACUGGAAGUGGAAUAGGGAGAGAGAGCAAUUCUACCACAAGAAUGAUGAGACAGGAAAGGAGACAUGGUGCCCGAAGUGGUUUGACUAAGAAUUGUUCCUCUUGACCCAUCAGAAAUGACUGGAACCCCAAACACCACUGGCACCUCACAAACUCCUACAGAUCAGACGUUGGCUA